AUGUCGAAUGCACAAACUGGUCAAGAAGAUUAUAGUGAAAAUGAAAGUAGAACUAUAGAAACACCUGUUAAUGAAAAGGAAAAAAACACUGGUUUGACAAGUAUUGAGGGUGAGGAAGGAGAUGAACCGAGAGCAAAGAGAGAGAAAUCUGCGGUUUGGGAUCAUUUUGACAAGCUUCCUUUAAGCCAGACAAAUGGGCAACUUCGAGCAAAGUGCAAGUAUUGUCCAACAACAAUUGCUUGUCACUCUUCAUAUGGGACAAGUGGAUUAAAAAAACAUAUAGAGAGGUGUGUCUUAAAUCCAAACCGAAUUAAUAAGAAGACACAAUCUUUGUUGUCAAGCUCUCAAUUAGGUUCUUCUAAAACAUUGAGUCAUCAUGUAUUCAAUCAAGAAGAAUGUAGAAAAGGGGUUGCAUUAUUUGUUAUAUUGGAUGAAAUGCCUUUUCGAGUUGUGGAAGGUGAUGGGUUUAAAGAAAUGAUGACUAGGAUAGAACCCCGUUUUCAAGUCCCAUCAAGAGCGACUGUCACUAGGGAUUGUUUGGGUUUGUAUAUUGAAGAAGCGAGGAAGUUGAAAAUGUAUUUUAAAAGAACCAAAGUUCGUGUUUGUCUCACUACAGAUACAUGGACUUCUUGUCAGAAUUCUAACUUUAUGUGCUUGACUGCUCACUGGAUUGAUGAGGAAUGGAUAUAUCAAAAGAGAAUCUUGAAUUUUUGUGUAGUUGAAAAUCAUAGGGGUGAUACAAUUGCAUCAGAAAUAGAGAAAUGUUUAUUAGCUUGGGGCAUUGAGAAAGUGUUUACUAUUACAGUUGAUAAUGCGUCUUCAAAUGAUAAUGCAGUGGCAAAAUUAAAAGAUGUUUUGAGCCAUUGGAAUGGUUUGGUAUGUAAUGGGGACUUCUUACACUUGAGGUGUUGUGCACAUAUUUUGAAUUUAAUUGUUUGUGAUGGUGUGAAGGACAUGCACAAAUCUAUUGAAGGCAUUCGCAAUGCCAUUAAAUAUGUGAGGUCUUCUCCAGGAAGGUUGCUUAAAUUCAAAGAGCUUGUUGAGAAAAUGAAAGUUGACUCUAAGAGCCUCCUAACCAUGGAUUGUCCAACUAGGUGGAAUUCAACUUACAUCAUAUUGGAGAAUGCUAUUAAAUUCAGUAGCGUCUUUGAAAGAAUGGAGAAAGAGGAUAAUGAUUACACAAACUAUUUUGUGGAGAAAACAUUAAUUGGUCCUCCUGAUGCUUCCAAUUGGAAAGAUGCUAAAGAAUUUGUUGUCUUUUUAAAAGUGUUCUAUGACAUCACUUUGCAAUUUUCAGGAUCACUUUAUGUUACCUCAAAUGUAUGCUUUCAACAUAUAGCUGAUGUGUUUGUUAUCCUGCAUACAAGGGCAAAUAAUCCUAAUUUUCUGGUGUCUGAUAUGGCUAAGAGGAUGAAAGUUAAGUAUGAAAAGUAUUGGGGAAAGUUGGAGAAUCUCAAUCCUUUGUUGGUAAUAGCAAUGGUUCUUGACCCUAGGUAUAAAAUGAAGUUUUUGAAGCUUGCUUUUCAUGAGAUGUUCCCUGAUUCUACACAACGUGAAGCCAUGACAAAUAGAGUCACAAAUGACUUGUAUUGUUUGUAUGACUUCUAUUUAAGUGGGCAUGAAACAAACACAUCUGAAUCUCAAAAUCAAAGUCAGACACAAGCAUCAAGUGAACCUGCUAGCUUAAGUCAACUUCAGAUGGCAAUGUUGGAAUCUAGGCCUCUACUGCAACUAUUUAUUGCCCAAAACGAGGUUGAAGUUGAAACAGAUAAAUAUGCAGAAGUGGAGAGGUAUUUUCAAGCUGAGUUAGUUGAUGUUCUUCAUCCUAACUUUGAUAUUUUGGCAUGGUGGAAAGUGAAUAGUUCUAAAUAUAAAAUCCUUUCAUUGAUUGCACGUGAUGUCUUGGCCAUGCCUGUAUCCACUGUAUCUUCAGAAUCUGCAUUUAGUACGGGAGGUCGUGUCAUUAAUGAAUUCAGAAGUUCCCUAUCAUCAAAUAUGGCUGAGGCACUAAUUUGUGCACAGAAUUGGUUAUCUCCAUCUACAUCAAAAGUAAAGGGAUUUGAUAUUGAUAACUUUAAUGAUACUGAUAUUGAUGUCAUCGGGUUACUAACUGGAGUGGGGGAAAAAGAAGAAUGCAAUGUCAACGACUUCGAUGAAGGCCCAAGUCUUGAAGUAAUGAAGUCCAUAGUAGAAUCUAAAGUUGCAAUUGUAAACACUGCCAAUGUUGAGAAGGCAAACCCAUUUGCUAAUUUCCCAUCAGCUGAUUGUCAAGUUGAGGUAGAGAGUAGCAAGCACAAUGUUGGUUUCGUGGAAAUCCCUUCUACUACAUCUGGACAUAAUGCUACGAAGAACAAUACUAAAAAUGUGUUAAAUCAUCCACUUGGUGGAAAUCUUGAAGCUGAUGAAAUAACACAUCAUUUGCAAGAUGCUGCAUAG